AUGCUCGUUCAGCUUCCCUCCACAACCGCCUCCAGUAUGCUGAUCCGUAUGGUCAGCCAAAACGUUCGCUACGCCACAAAGAACCCUACGCCUAAAGAGAAACUGUGGAAGGACCGAGGCCCUAAGCUUAUCAACCAAUUGGACUUCAUCACGACUGGCCACGAGUCGGCCUUCAUUUGCCUACAAGAAGUUCUUUACUCCCAGCUUGAGGAGAUCCAAUCAUGGCUCGGCCCGAAUUGGGCGCACAUCGGACUUGGUCGUGACGACGGCAAGCGAGCCGGCGAGUUUUCUCCCGUAUUCUACCAAGUCAACCGGUGGCAGUGUGAACGAAGCGAGACGCUGUGGUUGAGCAAGACGCCAGAGAAACCAUCUAGGGGAUGGGAUGCUGUCCUGAACCGCAUUGUCACCGUCGGCGAAUUCGUCGACAAGCAGACGGAAGCCAGAGUUGUUGUCAUGAGUACCCACUUUGACCACAUCGGCGUCAGGGCACGCGAAGAAAGCGCCAAACUGUUGCUCAAGAUUGCCCGAGACUGGAGCAACGGCGCCAAUGGCAAGCCGCCCACUACAGUCCUCCUUGCCGGCGACUUCAACAGUACGCCAGAAGACAACGCCUACAAGACGAUGGUCGCACCGGACUCGGGCAUGGUCGACGUGUUCACGACGGUACCAAAGGAGAAACGCUACGGAAAUGAGAUCACCUACACCUCGUUUGAUGAACCGAACGAAAAGCCAACGAGAAUCGACUUUUUGUUUGUACAAGACCCGAGCCCAGCCACCAUCAGGACCUUUGGUGUGUUAUCAAACAAGUUUGACGAUGACGUCUUCCUCUCCGAUCACAGACCUGUCGUUGCCGACGUGGAAAUUCCUGUCUUACGGACAGCCAGCUCUUGA